CGUCGAACUUCGUCGUCAUGGAGGCGGUGCCGAAUUCCCGGAAGAGAGGAGCUACUUGGAGGUUGAGGAGAGAGAGAAGUUCUUAGUAUGAAUAGAUGUAGCUAAAAGGAAUUUGGGGGUUUAUGGUUUGAUUAACUUAUAAGCACGAAAUGGCGUUUGUAACUGCAAACUGGAAUCCCAUGCAGGAUGUAUUUUUUCGAAAAACUGAGUUAUUUCCCAACACAUGGGGUUUGAAUGAAGACUUUGGAAACUACUUAAUUGCUGCUGCUCCCUACGGAGGCCCGUUUGCUUUUUUAAAAGGUAGUGGGAAGAAUGUUCGACCUGUACUUGAAAUUUAUUCUUCUUCUGGUCACAAACAAGCGACUGUUGUGUGGAAAAAUGGUUUUGUGGUGCGCAUGUUCUGGACAGCUGACGAAGAUCUACUUUUUCCACAGGUUGAUGGGAAAGUGAUGGUCCUUGAUAUGUUUGGAGAGUUUAAGAAAUGCAUCAGUUUUGAAAAUGGUCUGUCAGUUAUGGAUGCCAAGGUUUUCCAUUUUGCUUCUGGUUCAGGCAUUGUUAUAUUAAAUGAAGACGGCAGAUUUUUUUAUAUGUUAAACAUCAAUGAGUUUAAAAUAGAGCGACUUCCUAACAUCCCUGGUAAAGAGUCGCCUGCUGUCUGGGAUGUGGUUUUUCAAAAUGGACAGAUGAAAAUAAUCAUGGCAAUUGAUAACAGUUUAUACAUGAUGGAUAGUGCUUCCUGCACACUUGUGAGUCCUCCUGGAAUGGAUGUUCCCUUUACUUGUUAUUUUGGCAUGGCUGUAUCUUUCAACUACAAAUUCUUAGCUUUGUUUACCAACACUGGAUAUGUCUGGAUGGGGGCUUCAUCACUGAAGGAUAAACUCUGUGACUAUGAAACAAAAAUAGAAAUUGCACCGAAACAAAUGGUUUGGUGUACAAGGCCUAAGGGCAAAAAGCCUUCCGUGAUCAUCACUUGGGAUAAGCUCCUCAUGGUAGUUGGAAAUUCAGAAGACACUAUUCAAUUCAACCUGUAUGAAAGUUCAUAUCUGGUGCCAGAAAUUGAUGGAGUACGGAUCCUUAGUCAAAGCUCCCAUGAAUUUCUGCAUGAAGUUCCCACUGCUUGUGAGGAGGUUUUUAAGAUUGCUUCAAUGGCCCCUGGUGCCCUUUUAUUGGAAGCAUAUAAACAGUAUGAGGAAGGAAGUCAGAAAGCAGAUGAGUACCUUCGUGAAAUAAAAGAUCAGGAUUUGCUACCUAAAGCAGUUGAACAAUGUAUUGAGGCAGCAGGGCACGAGCAUGAACCUGAAAUGCAGAAGACGUUACUGAGGGCGGCUUCCUUUGGCAAAUGCUUCCUUAACAAAUUCCCACCUGACACUUUUGUUGAGAUGUGCAGAGAUCUACGUGUUUUGAAUGCCAUCAGAGAUCCAUUGAUUGGAAUACCUCUCAGCUACACUCAAUACAAAAAACUCACAAUCAGCACUUUGAUUGACAGAUUAGUCUUACGUAAACACUACCCACUUGCAAUUAAGAUAUGUGAGUAUAUGAAGAUACCAGAAAUUUCAGGAACCAGUCGUUUGCUGGCACACUGGGCUUGUUAUAAGGUAACACAGAAGAAUAGCUGUGAUGAAGACAUUGCCAGAAUUAUUAAUGAAAAAAUAGGGGAUGCCCCUGGUAUUUCCUAUUCUGAAAUUGCUACUAAGGCAUAUGGUAGUCACAGAACAGAACUGGCUAUCAGGCUUUUAGAAUAUGAACCCCGCUCUGGAGAACAAGUACCUUUGCUUUUGGAGAUGAAUAGAAGUCAACUGGCUCUUCUUAAAGCAAUUGAAAGUGGAGACUCUAAUCUAGUUUACAAAGUGGUGAUGCACCUGAAAAAGGAAAUGAACACAGGAGACUUCUUUAUGACAUUGCGGCACCAUCCUGUAGCUCUAAGUCUGUAUCGUCAGUUCUGUAGGUACCAGCAGGAAGAUACUUUGAAAGACUUGUUUAAUCAAGAUGAUGAUCAUCAGGAGCUUGGAAACGUAUAUGUUCGUCAGAGUUAUCAAGAAAAGGCUGUUGAAGCAAAAGUUGCAAUAUUGCAAAAUGCGGUUGAUGAGUAUAACAAAGCCAAGAAUGAGUUUGCUGCAAAGGCUACAGAAGAACAGAUAAAGUUGUUACGGUUCCAGAAAAGACUGCAGGAGAGUCCAAAUGAAACUUAUUUGGAAUACUCACUACAUGAUACUGUGUCCAUGUUAAUUUUGAGAGGAAAAUACAAGCAAGCUGAACAACUUUACAAGGACUUCAAGAUACCUGACAAGAGAUUUUGGUGGCUGAAGAUUUCUGCUUUGGCAGAGAGUGGAGACUGGGAAGAGCUGGAAAAGUUUUCAAAAAGUAAAAAAUCACCAAUUGGAUAUCUGCCAUUUGUUGAAAUUUGCAUGAAACAUGGCAACAAAUAUGAAGCUAAGAAGUACCUAUCCAAAGUCACACCUGAACAGAAAGUGAAAGCCUGUCUUCAAGUUGGAGAACUAGAUCAAGCUGCAGAUGCUGCAAUUGAGCGAAAAAAUGAAAAUGAGCUAAAUCUUAUUCAGUCAAAGUGCACACCAGCUACAAAUUCUUCAGUAAUAGAGAAGAUCAAUAAAGCAAGAGCCCAGCUUAAGAGAACAUAGACUUUGCAUUGUGCAGAUAUUGACUCGGAUCUCUGAACUGUUUUCAGUAUUUCUCAGCUGGUACUUGUUUUGUAGACUGAUGCUGUAUGAAGACAUUUAUGUUAAGUACUGCAGUUCCAUUCCAAUCUGCAUUGGACAACGGUGGAUUUUCUUGCAGCAAAAAAGCCAAGACAAGAGACAAAACUGCUUACAUUUCAUUAUAGCAGGAGUUAAGCAGAAAAUGUACAAACUACAUUACUGAGAUUAUCUAGCAGAAAAAAAAUAAAAUAUCAGCUCUUUUGUAUUUAUUCAAACGUAUGCACAAAUAAAGUAGAAACAAUUUAACUGGUGAA